AUGGCGCUGCAGGGUGUGUGUGUGUUGUCUCUGUGUGUGCUGACCGCGUGGGCUGCUGUUGAAGGCUCAGGGCUGGUGGACGCCGUGUCUGAGAGGAGAGCGGAGGAGACUCACAGACAGGGCAGCGCUGUGGCCGUGCUGUUCACUCUGCUGCUGACCACCACCAUACUGACCACAUGGCUCUUCAAACACCGCCGCUGCAGACUGCUGCACGAGACCGGACUGGCCAUGAUCUACGGCCUGUUGGUGGGAGUGGUCCUCCGCUUUGGUGUCCACGUCCAGCCAGACGUUAUCGACGCUCCGCUGAGCUGCGUGUCCAACUCCAGUCCCCCAGCUCUGCUGCUGAACAUCAGUGGACGCUUGUAUGAAUACACACUGAGAGGAGAGGUCAGCGACACGCAGGGACAGGACGCCCCCAACGCGGAGAUACUGAGGAAGGUCACUUUCGAUCCGGAGGUGUUCUUUAACGUCUUACUGCCGCCAAUCAUAUUUCACGCUGGAUACAGUCUGAAGAGGAGGCACUUUUUCAGGAAUCUGGGCUCCAUCCUCUCCUACGCGUUUGUAGGAACUGUGAUCUCCUCGUUUGUCAUCGGGGUGGUGAUGUACGGCUGCGUGGCGCUGAUGAGUGCGCUCGGUCAUCUCGGAGGAGACUUCUUCUUCACGGAUUGUCUUUUCUUCGGAGCCAUAAUCUCAGCGACAGACCCAGUGACCGUUCUAGCCAUCUUUAACGAGCUGAGGGUGGACGUGGAUCUGUACGCUCUGCUGUUCGGUGAGAGCGCGCUGAACGACGCUGUGGCCAUCGUUCUCUCGUCGUCUAUAGUAGCGUAUCAGCCGGUCAGCUCCAGCAGCCACUCGUUUGACGGUGGAGCCAUGCUGUGGUCUCUGGGAGUGUUUCUGGGCGUCCUGAGUGGAUCGUUCGCUCUCGGCACGGCAGCCGGAUUCAUCACCGCUCUGGUGACAAAGCUGACCCGUUUGAGGGAUUUCCCCCUGCUGGAAACCUCUCUGUUCUUUCUCAUGUCCUGGAGCACCUUCCUAUUUGCAGAGGCCUGCAGCAUCACUGGUGUGGUAGCUGUGCUGUUCUGUGGAAUCACUCAGGCUCACUACACUCACAGUAACCUGUCAGCAGAAUCUAAAAAACGAACCAGAGAGCUGUUUGAGCUGCUGAACUUUCUAGCUGAGAGCUUCAUCUUCUCCUACAUGGGUCUCACUCUGUUCUCCUUCCAGCACCACGUCUUUAAUCCCGUCUUCAUCAGCGGGGCCUUCCUGGCUAUGUUCCUCGGCAGAGCCGCUAAUAUCUACCCGCUGUCCUUCCUGCUCAACCUCGGCCGCUCCAACCGCAUCAGCUCCAACUUCCAGCACGUCAUGAUGUUCGCAGGGCUGCGGGGGGCGAUGGCCUUUGCCCUGUCCAUCAGAGACACGUCCACUUACGCCAGACAGAUGAUGUUCUCCACCACGCUCCUCAUCGUCUUCUUCACUGUGUGGGUGUUUGGGGGCGGCACCACUCCAGUACUGAGCUACAUGAAUAUCAGAGUGGGCGUCGAGGAAGACCAGGAGGACAGUGGUACAGAGGUGGACGAGGUGGUCAGUAGAAGCUACAGUCAGGACUCUGCCUGGCCAAUCAGACUGUGGUACACAUUCGACCACAACUAUCUGAAGCCCCUCUUGACCCACAGUGGUCCUCCGCUCAUUAAGACUCUACCUGCCUGCUGCUCACCUUUAGCUCGCUGCCUCACCAGCUCUCAGGACUACCAGAAUGUCCACCAGCCGCAGAACGAAGACUCAGAGCUGAUUCUGAAUGAAGCAUCCAGUCUGCUCUACAGUGACCUGCUGAUCAGCACUGAUGACCUCCAUCACCCCUCAGCUGGUCAGCCUGAGAAGACAGAGGACACAUUGCUGGCUUUACCCACUGAAGAGCCUUUGCGACCUUUGAUCCCUCUAACCCCUCCCAUCUCUGAGGCACUUCGCAACAGACUGUGAGGAGCUCCUAGCAGAAAGAUCAACACACCUGUUCAACAAAUGUUACUAUAAUGCACCUGAACCAACUCAUUAACAUGUCCAGGCUCCGCCCACAAAUAU